CUUUACACGAGGCGUUUUAAAAUUUGCUGAGCUUUCAUCGUUGUUUGCAGUUUUCUCACGGGUCAAACGCAUAUUGCUGAUUUACAAAAAUUUCAAGCUAUCCGUGACAUCUCCUGGGUUUCAAACAAGAGGCCUUUUUUUGGACAUUAUGCGGCUUUUUUCACCGUGCAGGUGGUAGUGUAUCGUAAACAGACUUGGGGUCGGUGCAUAACCACAAAGCCGGAUUCCACUCAUCUCCCUUCACUACGAAUUACGAAACGCCCAAAUCGUGAACAACGAAGAGUACUUUCGAGGGCGAAGGUCGUUUUAGUGGUUAUCUUGCCUAAAUUUUGCUGCACAAUAUCGGACCAAGGACUGUAAAAUCAAUAUAUAGUAUUUUAUAGGUGACGAAAUCUGCUUCAUUCAAUACGGACGUCGUCUGACUCGAGCAAUUCAGCACGUUUGUUCGUUCACCGUAUCUCGUGCGCCGGUAAAGCGAUCGAAUUUGUGGCGUUUUGUAAGAAGAUGAAUGGUAGUAUUCUUUUGAAUGGAAGUCAGAGAUCAGAAUUAGUUAUUUUAGUCAAGGGAAAACGAUAUAGACCUGUUAUGGCUUCUGCUCCCGCAAACAAGGAAAAUGUCUCUCCUGAGAAAGACAUGGAGUGUUUGUCAGACAGUUUCCAAAAGAGUCUUACAAUGAAUCAUGUCGAGAAAGAUGGACGUUAUUUUCUGGAUGUAAUGGAGAAGGAAAGCGAACGAUUAACGCGGCUUUGUCAAAUUGCAGAACAAGAGAUGGAGAGUAAAUCGCUUCCAGAAGACGCAUGUGGGAAAAUUAGAGCAGCCAAUGGCAAGGCCAAGCUCUUGGUCAAUAAAAAGUUCAAGCAAUUCAAAGGACUAUGUGAUACAAACUUGGUUGAUGAUGUGAACAGCAUGUUCUCCAAGAUUGAUGAACUACGUAAAAAUGGAUGGACCCUACCACAGACAUCUACUGAUGAGACUGAUUUUUCAAAACGCUCUUCAUUAACACGUCAGUCGUCACUAACGAGGCAAUCAUCAGUAGGGAAAGGUUCUAUAAGGAGGCAAAAAUCCAAAGAAGAAGUGAAAGCUUCUGAGGCUGAGCAGCGAGCAGCAGCACGACAAAGGUUAGCUGCUGCAAAACGAACAGCAAGACAAAGGAUGCAACAGAAAAGUAAUCCUCUGGACAAUGUAGAAAUAUUUUGUUCGCCAAAAAAGUAAAGUAGUUAUAUGAAAGAGAAUGUUAAGAGUCAGAGUAUAGUUUUAGAAGCAUAUUUAUUGAAGAAUUUUUUUAAAUUGGAGUACUGUAAGAUGCCAUUUAAAGUUAUUACUGAAGGUCUUUUCCAAUUUGCCAAAAUAAAUACAUAGUUAAAUGAUAAGAAUUAAUUUGUAAAGCUUUCAGUGCACAGGAUGUUAACUUAUUAUCAGGAUUUUCAUCUCUAAAGUUUGACAGAUACUUGUUUUGAAGGACUGUGAAAAAAGCUCAAGCCACAUUGACAUGUAGUUAUCAUUGUCACUUCAUUUAAACAACGGAGUAUGAAAAAAUAUGCUUUGAUAAUCAUAUAGUUUUUAUCUCUACUUCUAAAAUAGAUCAAUGGAAUUUAACUCUGAUCAUUUUUUUAAGGUUCUGAAGAGUAAGCUGAUGGUUUAAAAAAUUGUCUUAAUUGUGCUCAUAAGAAAAAACUUGGUCCUAUCUUUUCCAUCUCUUGACAAUAUGUUUCAAAACAGAACUUUUUGGCAACUGUGAGUCAUUUGGGCUUGUAAAUUUAUGUUCAUGUAGUUCAGAUUACUGAGUUGUUUUCAAAAUUGUGGCAACCAUAGUUGAAUUUUUAGCAUGUUUGUAGACUAUUUUGAAUAUUCAGGUUACUCUUUGAAAUCCUAAAACAUGGCCAGUACUAGCAAUUUUUAUAUAUACUUUGAAAUGGCAGCGAUAAAAAUUAUCUGGUUUCGUAAGCAUGCUUCUUUAAUUUUGCAUAUCUGACCAGUGAUCUAUACUUUUAGCCUCUAAACAUUGGUCUUUGUUGAGCUAACGCCCCCUGCUAGCUGAGUUUUCUUUCAUCUCAUUAGCCAUUUCCUUGGCAAUGAAAUUUGAAGAAAGAGAAAUAUUACCUAUUAAUUAUUCUUUGAAGUUAAAAGGCUAAGAUGUUAAUUUAAUACAAGGGUGUAGAGGUGUUUGGUGUUACUUAAGUCUUGAAGACAUGGCUACACUCAGAAAAACAAUAUGUAAGGCCAAAUUACAACUCUUGAAAUUUCAUGUUCACCAUUAACUCAUAAUUCAUUAGUGGAAUCAUAUCGCAUAUGGGGAAUGUAAAUAUGGGCAGUGGAACAUGAUAAGAAAUUUCUGCUUCUAAUUUCCAUUUUUACUUGGUCUUUAGAUAUGUGUGCAUCAUAACUUUAAACAUUAUAUUAUGAACAUUUUUGAGAUCAGUGUUGAAAAAAAUAUAUUUAUUUGCAUUUUUUUGUUGAUGGAGAAAUAUGAGAACGUUGGUGUACCACUUAUGUCCUGCUAGUGAAAGUAGCUUCAGAGUACAGUUUUCUCAUGCCUUUUGUAGUUGUGGACAUAGUGGAAGGAACGUGAACCCCAUUAUCUCACUUUAAGGGAUAGUUUGGUAAAAAAUUUAAAGAGAGGUUUCAAAGCUGUAUUACAGUGAGGUGAAAUUUUAGAUACUCUUUUGUAAAUUAUAAAAACUAGUUUAUAGUCUUUGUGUUCUACUAUUAAUUUUUUUUGUUCUUACAAGUAAGUUGAGAUCAAGGAGGGGAAGUGUUAACAACAACCCUACAUGAUUAUUUAUCGUGUUAAAAUAAAUUUGAUGUGCGAUGGC